ACAACAAGGCAAUCAAUGUAAAUCACCUUUGAAAAAAUUCUACAAAGAACUCAACGGUAAGGUAAUUACAAACGGAUCUCUAUGGAAAACAGGUGUAGCACAUUUGCUCGCUUUUUAUGUUGCGAUGCCAAAAAGCUUUUGAGACGUCACAAACACCUGUGAAUUGCAACAGGUCAUAAGAGCCUUCUUAAUUCUCUCUGAAGCAACACAAAUAUCGUUGAAAACAAACGAAGCUUUUGGAUUGCGUAAACGCAAAGUAUUCUUCUUUGCUUGGCAAAAUACAAACUGAGAAAAUUUACGUAUUCAUACAUUUUCUUUCUUAAAUAUAAAAACAAAGGAAAUACAACGGAGAUCGGACGCAAAACUUCGUUAUUUUCCACUCAACCCGACACAAUACGGUGAUAUUAGCUACAUCUUAGCUGUGAAAACAUAAAGCGUUGAUGAAAAUGGAAAAGCAAGACCAUGAAGCAGCGAUGCAAACAACGAUGCCUGCAACAACGAUGGCCACACAACAAACCAACACACGAUAUUUUUCUGAUGUUAACAGCUAUUUACCAGGCUCAACUUUGCAGUAUGAUACGGAUCGGACGCAUGUACUUAAGCUCAAACUUCCAGUUUUAAACAUAGGGGUGUUUGGCCGAGUGGGUGCAGGCAAGUCUUGCUUUAUCAACACGGUUGAAAGCGUCUUAAGUGGAGAGUACAAGGAUCGAGCAGGAGAAAAUAAGUUGACAGCAAAUGAAGGGGACAAAUGCAUCACAGACGGCACAACAGCGGAGCGCCUCAAAGUUCGCAUAGGUCAGAAGAUGUGUUUAGUAGAUAAUAGAGGAUUCCCCGCGAAAUGUGAUGAAGGAAUUGCUGAUGAAGUUAUUAAACAAUGCGAGGGAACGAGAAAAUUUGGGCGCUUUGUGCCAGCAAACUGGAACAACAAUCGCUGGCAAAAAUUCAAGGACUCCGUUUUGAGCACAUUUAAAAGGAAAUCACUUAGGCAACGAGUACAUUGCGCCAUAUUGGUUUACAGUUUACAUGACAGCUCGGAGCCAGAUGAACUUAAAUUGAUAGUUGACGCUUUGCGGAAAUCUUGCGGUCGUUUUCCGAUUGUUGUUUUGACAUGCGCAGAAGAAGUCGACGAAGACUUAUUAAAACGACGAUGGUCACAGUUUCAAACCCUUCACUGCUCGCGGAUUUUUUCGAUCAAGAAUUACAGCAUAAGCGACAGCAGCCCCCGUGCGGACACAGAUAGAACAGUGAUAGAAAUAAUUUAUAAUUGUUGCAUUAUCUCCGACCAAAUGUUUUUACAAAAGAUGGAGGAAAAGUCGUGUUCGUGUUGUUAAUUUAAAUGGGAAAGGAUUUAUACUAUCUUUUAAAUAAGUAAACAACCUUUUGUUAUAUUUUGAUUCUACAGAUGAACGUACAUCAAGAAUAGUUAAUUAAUAAUUUUGGUGACGUGUAACACCACAAAUUAUUGGUUUGUAAUGUUGUGAAACCAUUGCAUGUUUUGUGGAAAAUAUACUUUCUAGUAUCAAAAUAAAAUGAACUAUUGUUUUUUCCAA